AUGGCUCGUCGCUCGCAAAGCUCCUCGCAGGGGGACAAUCCCCUUGACCCCAACUACCUGCCCCCCCACUACAAGGAGUAUUACCGCCUGGCUCUGGAUGUGCUCACCGAGGAGGGCAAAGAGAGCUACCAGCGCUUCCUGGCAGAGGAAGCAGCCCCUGAUUUUCUUUGCAACUCAGAGGUGGAUCACAUCAUACAGAAUCUCCAGAAGCCCCAGUAUGCCCAUCAGGAAGGAAGCACAGAUACUGCAGGUGACAAUGACAUGGAUGGAUCCUCUGGGACUUACUGGCCCAUGAACUCAGACCUCGCUGUCCCAGAGCUUGACCUGGGCUGGCCAAUGGUGUUUGGGUUCAGGGGAACAGAGGUGACAACGCUCGUGCAGCCCCCGCCCCCGGACAACCCCAGCAUUAAGGAGGAGGCUCGCAGAAUGAUUCGAGCAGCUCAACAGGUGGUAGCCAUUGUGAUGGACGUUUUCACUGAUGUAGAUCUGCUGUUCGAGGUGCUGGAUGCUGCUGCUCGGAGAGUGCCUGUCUACAUCCUGCUGGAUGAAAUGAACUCUCAGCUUUUCCUGGAUACAGCUGCUAAGUGCAGAGUCAAUCUGAACUACGUGGAGUUCCUAAGGGUGAGGACAGUUUCUGGCCCAACCUACUACUGCCGCACAGGGAUGUCCUUCAAAGGCCAUGUGAAAGAGAAAUUCCUCUUGGUGGACUGCAUGGUGGUGCUGAGUGGCAACUACAGUUUUAUGUGGUCUUUUGAGAAGAUCCACCGGAGCAUUGCGCACAUCUUCCAGGGAGAGCUGGUAGCCAGCUUCGACGAAGAGUUCCGAAUCCUCUUUGCGCAGUCAGAGCCUCUCGUUCCUCCAGCCAACGUCCUGGCCAAGGCAGAGAACGCCUUUGUCAUGGCCCCUUUUGGCAACAACAUGCCUUUCUUUCCAAAGAAAGCUCCCCUGAUGUCAUUCCAGAGGGACGAGAGUCUCUUCCCUUCCUUCAUGGACCGCGUGGACCCUGACAGGUACUUCCUGUCCAACUUCCGCCGGGACGACAUGCUGCGGCACACCGUGGAGGGCUCGGCCAUGCGGAUGUACAAAAAGGUGGAGAUGGAGAAUUCCCAGAUGGACCCUGUCAGGGGCUUUCUCCGUUCCAAGCAGCUGGAGUUGGAUGCUUUUAAGAGACACAGUUUUGCAGAAGGGACCUUUGAGAACUUUGCUUCUUCUAAACAGUAUGCCAGACAGAUGUUCAUGAACAACAUGGACGAGUUCAAAAUCCAAGCUAGCCAUUUUCAGAAGGAUCAGUUCUACCAGUACCAGUUUGAACAUCCACAUCUUUCUGGCAGGCCUCAGGGACUCUUUGAGAGGCUCCGAGGCGGCAGGCCAGGAUUCAAUGAGCUGGAAGACUAUGGAGAGGGACCCAGAUACCCCGAACUUGACUCUGGUUUUCCACAGGAGGGUUUCCCCUUGAGGCUGGAUUAUGUGCCUUCAAAUUCUUCUAGGGAAGUGAGACACGGCUCUGAUCAGCUGAAUCCUGCAGGCAAUGGACCCAUGGGAAUGAUGUUAAGAAGGCAGAACAUAGGACAGAAAUUUAUUUGCCAGACUUCUCCAACACAGAAGCAAAGCCUGGAACAACGCCUGUUCUUGCAAGACAAAGAGGAGGACCAAGAUGAAGACAAAAACACCCAGGAGAACAGAACGGGUUUACGGAACUGGAGGAUCUCUUCGUACCUUAGUGCCUACCAGUCUGAACCAGAAGAAGGUCUUCCAAUGCCUAUGGAAUCAGAGGCAUAUAAUGAUAGUCUUGGGGAUACCCACACAAAGCACCCCACUGACCUCCUCCCAGCAUUCAAAUCUCCCCUAUCUUUUAACAGCAAGUCACUGGGAAUUGAAGGUGCCAAAGAAUUUGCAGAUCCUGAUCGAGUAGGUGAAGAAACUCCUAUGAUGAAACAAGAUGCCUUUAGGUCCAGAAUAAAUCCUCUGAUACAGAGGAGCUCGAGACUCAGGUCCUCUCUGAUCUUCAGUGCUGCCAAGUUAGAUCAGCCUAACACCACAAUAGAAAAGGUUCAGAUGAUCCAAAAAGAACAAAUGUCUAGUGAGGUGACAAAAGACAAUGAAACCAUAAAGACAGCUGCUUCGUCUAAAGUGGCAGAACUUCUAGAGAAGUACAAAGCUGUGGGCAAAGACACAGAGCGAGCCACGGUCACUCACACCAAAGCUGUUGCCAGCUAUCUACAGGAAGAAUCACAGAGUGCAGAGAAGAAGUGCACCAGGUCUGUGCAGUACAAGAUUCUCGAGAGCAGGGUGCUGGACUCCAAAGACUCCUGCAGUACUUACAAAAUGCACGGAGAGGCUGACAGACCAUUUGGAAUGGCCUCAUCGCCUCCCCAGCUCACCGACACCUUCAGUAAAGAUCCCCUAGCACACCUGAGCACCAAGGUGGACAAGUUAUCAUCUCGGUUUUACCCCAUAGACAAUAAACCUGCUCUGCCAGAGAAGGAGAGUCUGAUAUUUGUAGGAGACACUCAGAAACUGACCCUUCCAGACAAAAAGGAAAGAGUGACAUUCAAAGAAGACACCCAAAAAUUAGGCAAUAUAGAACCGAAGAAACCACAGCUUAGGCCAAGUCCCACAUCAGUUCUUGAAAGCUUAUCUAGAAGCCAAGGCUCUGACAGCUCCCUCAAUAAAUCUGAGGAAGACUGCUCAAAACAAGAGCAGAACCCCAUGGAAUUCCUACGGAAAGGGUCGCUCCGGCUGAAGCAGCUUUUGAACCCAAAGAGUGAGAAGAAACUGGAGGAGGAAUCUACUUCUGAGAGUGGAAAAUCUGACAAGCAGGGUGUGGCUCUCAAACGCUCUUCCAUAGGGGACAGUCAGGAAAUGAUGGAGGAAGAAAAACCUCCUAAAUUUGCAGCAGCACUCCCUGCCAAGAGCAGCCAGCCUGCACAGGGCAGAUUCCCUUCAUCCACAGCUAACAUCCUGUACAGCAGCAACCUCCGCGAUGACACCAAGGUGAUUUUGGAACAGAUCUCUGCAAACAGUCAGAAGAACAGAGCUGAACUGGCCAAGCAACUACCAUCCACCAGCAACCCUGAUCUUUCUAGGUCAACAGCGAGCUUGGAAAGGAAAGGGGAGAAGGAGAAGAGCUGCAACAUCCACAGGUCAGAGAGUUUUGGGAGCCAGAAGCGGAACCUUCAGCGGCAGCCCUCAGAGGACAGAGACACCCUCCUGAAAAAGAUGGAGAACAUGCGGAAGGAGAAGAGAGUCUACAGCAGGUUUGAGGUCUUCUGCAAAAAGGAUGAACACACGACCCAGAGUGAAGAAGAUUAUGACACGGAUGCCAAAGACAAGAAGAUGGGGAAAUUCAUGCCCAAAAUCCUGGGGACCUUCAAGACCAAAAAAUGA